UCCCCAGCGCACUCCGGUCCUGGCCUCCCCUCACUCUCCUCUCCCCCCGCCGGCGCAGCAGCGAGAAGAUCCUCCGAUAGCCCUCGGCGCAUUCUCCUCCUCGCCCCCCUCCCCAUAUCUGUCGCCGACGAGCGAGCCCUCGUCCGCUCCGCUUCGGGAGCGUCGCCGCCGCCCUUCCCCGCGACGACGACGCGUGCAGCGGCGGAGCGGGAGGAAGCGCCCAAUGCUCUCGUACUGAUCUGAUGGAAUACCGUCGGCAGUCAAUCACCAUGACGAAAAGAAGCCGUGGGACUGUCCUCGACGACCUCCCCGAGUGGAUUGUCAUCGAAGAGAUCCUCAUCCGGUUGCCACCAAAGGACGUUCUUCGCUGCCGUGCUGUCCGCAAAUUGUGGUGCAGUGCCACCUCCACCGACAAGUUCAUGCUCGACAACUGCCUACGCCAGCCGUCACUCCCUGUUAUCAACCAGGAUAUCCCUGGGCAGGAAGGAGUGACCUUCGUUGUCUUCCAUGACAACGGUGUCGGAGCCUCCAAUCAAAAGCUCUGGCCAAUCAUUCAACACUCUAAGUUCCAUAAUCUCCUGGGGGGCUGUGAUGGCUUUCUCAUCUUGUCCGAUGCAUCCCAUUUCUGGAUCUGCAAUCCGGCCACUCGCAGAUGUGCUCCGCUACCACAACCUCAAGUUCCAUCAGCAGGGGGGUCCUGCUUCUACAUAGCUGGCUUUUACCGGCACCAUCCAUCUGGAGAAUACCGCGUGCUCUGGUUCUCGCAUGGCCAUGAACGUGGCUACAUUCUCUCAGCAGGAUCUGACAAGCCGAGAAUGAUUAGACGGCCGUCAGUGUCAUCAUGUUUGUCGAAAUUUAGGCGUGAAGGGCCUUUUGAUUCCUGCUAUAGUUCACAAGUCAACCACCGCGGCAGCCUGCACUGGUUAGCAGGAAUUGACAUGGAGACUGCCAUGGACAUUAUGGUGUUCGACACUGUAACUGAGAAGUUCCGGUGGAUGCGCAGUUCUGGCCAGUUGGGCCGUCAGGUGUCAUUGUGGGAGAUGGACGACAAGCUUGCUUCAUGCAGCACCAAUGACGCCAGCAUAGAGAUUUGGAUGAUGCAAGACUAUGAGGCUGAGGCUUGGGCCUUGAAAUACCGGAUUAACUUGUUAGCGAUGAAGACAUCACCACAGUUCGAGUAUAUUUCUAAGAUGUCACUGCUUAACCAGCGUGAGCUGCUGAUCUGUUGUCACAAUCCAUUGGACGGUCCUGACUAUCUUUUGCACUGUGACAUUGACGGAAAGUUUUGGGAUAUCACGAAAUUAAAGGGGGAACGUAUUCUGUAUACUUCACUAAUCAGUACUUUCAGGAGAGCAUGAUUCCACUUCCGUACAGUGAGAUGCAAGAAGGUGGUUUGGACAAGGAGCCUUCAUUCUUCUAGGGCUUUAAGUGAUUUGUACUUCUAGUUUGCCAUGUACUAAUGCCUUUGGAUUGUCCAUCCUUUAGGAGCAUAUGGUCCUAGUUCUUACUACCUUAUAAUACUAGUAGAACUGAACAACUUAUAUGGUUGUGCUCGCACUUUUACUACCAUCUGGUGCCUUUUGUUGGAGUAGCUAUGCUAUACAUCUGUGCUACUUGUUCCCCGUUUACUUUCACUUCUCAUUGUUAAGUAGUGUGAAUGGCACUGACUGCAAUUUGAAAUGCUAAUUAUUCGUGCUACUAGAGAAUUAGUGAAGCAUUG